ACGUGGAUUGAAACAAAAAAUAUUGGUUGAAAGAAAAAGAUACUCUAUCGAUAUUUUGUAUUCUAUGGAGGAACCUAUGGUAUCUUGCUCAAGUGGUUAUAUAGUGGAAUUCAGCACUGCGAAAUUCACUCUCAGAACAGUUGUCUCUGAUAUGUUAGCCUGGCAUGGCGUUCUUCCGAACAUCAACCCCUAAAGAUGUUCCUGAACAGGUAUCCCUGGUACGUCAAUCAAGUGUAUAUCAGGGCCAGAAAUCAUGGGUUGAAAGAACUUUUUUAAAGCGUGACUGCAUCAAGUUUAUACCUAGUCCCAAAGAUUCUGCAAAGUGUUGUUGUGGAAGACUAGAAAAUUGGCAUGACACAGUCCCUAAACAGCUAGAAGUACCCCAGGGUCCAGAGAGAUGGCAUCCAUAUGCACAUACUGAAUCCAAACCAACAGAUGCCUAUGGUACAAUAGAAUUUCAGGGAGCACCUCAUCCGAGCAAGGCACAGUAUGUUAGAUUGAGUAGCUUCGACAGUAAACCAGAUCAAGUUUUACAGUUGCUACAGAAACACUGGGGACUAGCAUUACCAAAGUUACUUAUAACAGUUCAUGGAGGAAUAUUGAACUUUGACCUUCAACCUAAGUUAAAGCGAGUAUUCCGUAAAGGGUUGUUGAAAGCUGCCAGAACAACAGGUGCUUGGAUCAUUACUGGAGGCACAAAUACAGGUGUUACCAGACAUGUAGGAGAAGCUAUUAGUGAUAGAACAACGAAAACCAAGAACAAAGUUGUAGCUAUAGGACUGGCACCGUGGGGGAUUGUGGAGAAUAAAGAGGAUUUAGUCGGCAAAGAUCUGACUGUUCCUUACCAUUGUGUUUCUGCUAAUAAGUCCAAUUAUGCAGUUCUUAACAGAUCUCAUUCUUACUUCCUGUUAGUGGACAAUGGAACUGUGGGAAAAUAUGGUGGAGAAGUCAUCUUUAGAAAGAGGCUGGAGAAAUAUAUUGCACAACAAAAAAUUUCAAUUGCUAGUGGUGUAAAAGGUCGAGGUGUCCCAGUGAUAUGUGUAGUAUUAGAAGGAGGUGCGAACACAAUACGUUCUGUGUUAGAGUAUGUUACAGACACACCCCCAGUACCUGUUGUGGUGUGUGAUGGGAGUGGCAGGGCUGCUGAUUUGCUGGCAUUUACACAUAAAUAUACUCUGGACGAUGGAACUAUGCCAGAAAGUUUACGUGACCAGCUGAUACUGACAAUACAGAAAACAUUCCUUUAUAACCAGGAACAAGCAGAGAAGUUAUUUAUAGAGCUGAUGUUAUGUGUUAAAAAGAAAGAACUAAUAACAAUAUUUAGAAUGGGAGAAGGUGCUCAGGAUAUUGAUUUAGCAAUUCUAACAGCUUUACUUAAAGGAACAAAUGCCAGUGCUCCAGACCAGUUAAGUCUUGCGUUAACAUGGGAUCGGGUAGACAUUGCACGUAGCCAUAUAUUUGUAUAUGGACAAGAAUGGCCGGAAGGUUCUCUAGAACAAGCCAUGAUGGAUGCUUUGAUUAAUGACAGAGUUGACUUUGUUAAGCUGUUAUUAGAGAAUGGAGUUAGCAUGAACACUUUCCUAACAAUAGCUAGGUUAGAGGAACUGUACAACACUAGACAAGGUCCAUCAAACACACUUCGAUAUCUAGUCAGAGAUAUUAAAAAGCAUGUACCCUCCAAUUAUCACUACACUCUGUUAGAUAUUGGUUUAGUUAUAAACCAUUUGAUGGAUGGAGCCUUCAGAUCCACAUAUUGUAGGAAGAGAUUUAGACAGAAAUAUAAUGCUAUUAAAAGAAAUCUUCCAUCAAUAGCUGGUACCGUGGGCAACAUGGGAAACCUUGUAACAAUGUUACCUGUUAUCAUCAAUACAAAGGGAGCACAGGAAUUGUUCCCAUAUCCGUUCCAUGAUCUCAUGAUCUGGGCAGUCCUGAUGAAGAGACAGCAGAUGGCUUUGUCCAUGUGGCAGCAUGGUGAAGAGGCUAUGGCAAAAUCUCUGAUGGCAGCUAAGUUGUACAAAGCCAUGGCACUUGAAGCUGACCAGGACGAUUUAGAAGUAGAUAUUUCUACUGAACUCGCGUCAUAUGCUGAUGGAUUCCGAAAGUUAUCACUAGAACUGUUGGAACAUUGCUACAAGAUAGACGAUGACUAUACUCAGCAAUUAUUGACCUAUGAACUGAAGAACUUCAGUGAUCAGACAUGUCUAAGUCUAGCAGUGGCUGCCAACCAUCGAGCUUUUAUUGCUCAUACAUGUUGUCAACAGCUUCUUAACGAAAUGUGGAUGGGUGGAUUACAGAUGAGGAAGAAUAGCAGCUUAAAGGUGAUCAUGGGUGUCCUGUUUCCUCCAGCCAUUCUAUGGUUGGAUUUCAAGAGUAGAGAAGAACUACAACUUAUGCCUCAAACAAUGGAAGAACAUUUAGAUGAACUGGAGUCGGAAGCCAGUGAUGCGGAGAUGUCGUUCUCUAUCAAUGAUGAGCAGGAUAUGUUUUCGGAUGAUAUGAAUAUCGGGUCCAGUAAAGAGUCCAUUGCAAAGACACAAGACAAACCAGCCAAUGGGAAUCUGUCUCGACAAAACUCUCAGAUGACCGAUAAUAGCAAUAAUUUAGAAUACUCUCGUUUUGUUCUCAGGAAAAAGAAAAGUACCCUUCGACUUGGGAAGAAAAUUUAUGAAUUUUACAAUGCACCUAUAACGAAGUUCUGGUUCUAUACUAUACUUUAUGUGUUUUUCCUUCUUUCCUAUAUGUACACAGUAUUAGUGAGGACUUACCCACUACCAAAUUGGCAGGAAUAUUUCAUGAUGUGUUAUGUUUUAACCCUGGCAUUUGAGAAAUUUAGACAGGUUAUAGCAGCUGAACCAUCAAGGUUUUGGAUGAAACUGAAAGUGCACUACAGUCAGUUAUGGAACGUCUGGGAUAGUAUAGCCAUUUUGAUCUUUAUGAUUGCAGUUGGGUUACGAUUCCAUCCUUAUACUCUACAAUCAUCCAGGGUUGUUUACACAGUUAAUAUAGUAUUGUGGAUAAUGAGGAUUUUAGAAAUAUUGUCUGUCAACAAGUACUUAGGACCUUAUCUUAAAAUUAUAAGCAAACUUCUGAGAGACAUGUCAUAUUUCAUCAUCAUUGUGACAUUAGUUCUGAUGAGUUUUGGUAUAGUACGACAAGCCAUACAUUUCCAGAACGAGGAAUGGCGUUGGCAUCUUGUUAGAAAUGUAUUUUUCUAUCCUUAUUGGAUGAUAUACGGAGAAUUGUUUGCCGAUGAAAUAGACACAUGUUAUGAUGAAGAGCGGCAUCCUGAUGGUUGUACCUAUGCUGCUUGGGUUGCUCCAUUAUUGAUGACACCUUAUCUGCUAGUAGCCAACAUAUUAUUGGUUAAUCUACUCAUUGCCAGGUUUAAUGCAACUUUUAUUCGGAAUAAUGCUCAUUCAGAAGCUAUAUGGAAAUUCCAAAGAUACCAGCUGAUUUUAAACUAUGAACUUCGACCCCUACUACCUCCACCAAUGAUUAUGUUCAGUCACAUUUUCCUGUCUUUGAAGUUUAUAGUGAGACGAUGCAAAGGAAAGAGGGACUUAUUUGAUAAUGGACUGAAGUUGUUCUUGUCACUUGAGGAUACAGAGAAGUUACAUGACUUUGAAGAAGAAUGCAUGGAAGACUUCUUCAGAGAUAAAGAACAAAAGUUUCAAUCAUCCUCUGAUGAAAGAAUAAGAGUUAUCAAUGAAAGGGUUGAGGGUAUGGCAAUGAGAAUGGAUGAUUUUACACAGAAGGAAAAUAAUAUCAAGUUAUCCCUACAGACUGUAGAUUAUAGAUUAAGUAAACUAGAAGAUUUAUGUAUCCACACUUCAGAGAUGACACAACAAAUUAGGAACUAUAUAGCAAGGAGCUCAAGAAAUGUCAGUGCAUCAAGUUCAGGAAGUCAUGGUCGUUUAGAAAGUGAAGAUGAAUCUGCACAUGAAUCCAAUGAUUUCACAUUUUAUCAAGAUUUAACUGUACGAGCAGAUACUGGACAGGGUAGUGACAAAUCUUUAAGUGUAACAGAAGCAGCUCGCAGUUUACCUUCACCUCUAUUAGUGCAUUCAAGGAGACCAUUUAAAGAUGACUUCCUUCGCAAAUAUACAGAUUAUUCAGUUCAAGCUUCUCCGAAAGUGUCACCAAGACAUUCUACUGAAAGACAGUGGAGCCAAAAAAUCAGGAGAAGUUCCAUUCCAAUAAUCAGUUUAACAUCAGAAACCCAUUCACCACUACAUCUACGUAGACAUGUACCAGAGACCCUUACUGUAAAUGUAGAGAAAGCUAAUGUGUAUAGUCCUCAUGAAGAAAAGUCAAACAAACCGGAUUUAUUGGUUCAACAGAAGGUUGCACCUCAUUCAGCUGAAGUUGCAGUCAGCCAAGACUCUGAGGUGGACACUAAUGGCAAUGCAUCAUUGUAUUCUACAGCACAUCUUAGUUCUAGUAUGGUGCUGACUACAACCAACCAAUCAGAUGUUCCACGUGUAGAGGUGGAACACACAGAAGUUCCUGUAUCACAGAUUCCGCAUUAUGAAGAAAAGGAGCCAAUUCAUCCUCCAACUUCUCCUGAAAAAUUAUUUGUACAUUCAUCUUCAAUAUUUACAUAUCCAACUUCUGGUUCUUACACCACUUCAACAUCAGUAGUACCUAUUCUUACCUCCUUCAACACAGCCGAGUAUACAACGAUUACUGAUGAAAUAGACACAUCUUGUAUGAUUGAUCGUAGCCCGCCUGGUAGCCCUACCUCUGGUGGGGCAUUCUUUCCAGAUGGAUUUUUUGAUCCAGAUAAACAUCAGAAGAAAUACAACAAAGAGGCAAGAGAAAAAGAAUUCAAGAAACUAAAAAAUGCUGAAGAAACUGAACACCGUAAGAUGGAGAAAGUCAUUAGAAAUCGGCUUCGUCAGAUCUCUUUAGAUGAAACAGAUAGCAUCAGUGACAUUGCAAAGUUAGUAGUGACAGAACUAAACAUGACGGAAGAAGAACAUAACGGUCAUUUUGAAGAUGAUAAUGAAGAAUUGCAUAGCUCUACCGAAAGCGUUGUCGAUAAACUACAAAAACCAGUAGACAUAACAAUCGGUGAUUCAACCUCUGAUAUAGAAUCUUAGAGAAUUUAGGGUGCUAAUUUGUUAAAGAUUUUUAAGGACUUUAAUUAAUUAAUUUUGUGUUAGAAAGUCAUCUGGUAAUUUUUUUUGUUGCAAAGAAUUAUUUGGUUUUUAUUAUAGAAUGUAAUUGCAUAUUUUUAGUAUUCAAGGGAAAUUUUGGUUUUGUUUAGUUAGUUUUUUUACACUACAUGUACCAGCAUAACAAUGUAAAAAAUAUUACUGCAUAAGAAACCUGUUUUAUUUUCAUGCAAUAAUUAGGUCUUUAUCAAUUUUAAUUGCUUUGGUUUGGUUUAAACUUGUAGAAAAGAGGGGUAGAAAGGUAUGGUAAAGUACAGAUCAGAUUUUAUGGUAUCAGAGCUACUUAUAUAUAUAUUGAUGAAUUUGAAAAUGAAGGGGUCGUUAUGACAAAAGUCUGUAGUAUUUUAUUAAGAAAUCUUGUAAAAAUCAUUGUUUCGUUAUUGAAAAUCAUUGUUUCAUUUUUGAAAUUAAUAAUAACCAAAUGCACAUUCCAGGCAUGUACAAAGCCAUUACCGUGUUGUGAUGACCUGGUAGGAAAUAUUAUUACCUUGUUGUGAUGACAUGGUAGGAAAUAUUACCUUGUUGUGAUGACAUGGUAGGAAAUAUUAUUACCUUGUGAUGACAUGGUAGGAAAUAUUAUUACCUUGUUGUGAUGACAUGGUAGGAAAUAUUAUUACCUUGUUGUGAUGACAUGGUAGGAAAUAUUAUUACCUUGUUGUGAUGACAUGGUAGGAAAUAUUACCUUUUGUUUUGCUGGUUUUUCCUUUUACAUAAAAAGUCUUGUUAAUAUCAACCAAUUCCAAAAAGGUGACAAUAUUUUUGUUGCAAGUUUUAUACAGCAAACAUUAUUCCAUUUUAAAGCAUGUACUUUUUGUCAUCAUUCUGUUGAUAAGUUUGUUGAACCAUCAUGACCACAAAUCAGGUUGUCAUAAACAGAAGAUUUGAUUCCCCCCAGUACUCAGAUACAUAGCUUGUCAUCAAUGCAGGGAAAUCUUGCCUAGUUUCAGUAGUUAUUUAACCUGUUGUGUUCAUUUUCUUUACAUUGGUUUUAGUGAUGGUGUUUUAUCUGAAAUCUCAUUCCCCGAGAAGUUGAUUAUUUUCUUGUUUUAUUGUGUGCCAAAAAUAGAGAAUCUCAAUGCAUUGUGCAUGUUUAUAAAAGGCAUAAUAUUUCAGUUUUUUCUUCAGGAAAGGUGUUGAAACUGGUUGUAAAUGAAAAACAACCAGGCAUGGUUUUCUGUAUCCAUUAUAAAAUGAGUUUUCCCUCCUUUGUGCCAUUCCUUUGGUAAUAGAGCAUACUUUGAUAUAGGGCUAUCAAGUAAUGCUUCACAUCAAGUCAUUUGGAAAUAGAGCAAGCAUACUUCAAUAUAGGGCUAUUAAUUAGUGCUUCACAUCAAGUCCUAAUACCAUUUUACAAGAUAAUUCAGAAUCAGUCAUUCCCUCUAUUUAUUUUUAACUUUUGAAUAUAUUAGCAAAAUGAAAUAUAGCAAGAUUUUUUUCGAACAAGACUUUAUUUUAACUGUAAUGGACACAGAGAGAUCAAUUUCUCUGAUAUCGUGUUGUCUAUUAUUUUUAUUAUAAAUUAUUUCUGGGUAAGUCAUUACAAUUUGUUGCAUUGAAUUUUGUUAUUUGUGUUAAUUCCUGUAUGAGUUUUUAACUAGUCAGUUUUACAAUGCCUUCAUACAUUCACUACAGGUUAAUCAUUUAACAUUUUGUGAUCUAUAUAUUUAAGAGAGGUAAAAGAAAAAUACAUAUCUUAAAAAUUAACAUGAUUUGCAUUUCAUUAUGAUGCUGGCCAGUAAUUUUGUUUGUCAGGUAUUAAAGUCUGUUCAUUAAAACGAAAUGAUCAUAAUUACUUGGCUUGAGGAAUCUGAACAGUUAGAAGUAGAGGUGGUUUAUAGAUUUGAAACUUAAUGCUUUAUAAACAAAGUGAAAAGUUUAAAUAUGUCCUUGACAAGCAUUGAACAAAUAGUCAAUUAUGUAAGUUUAUGUUCCUAUCAGACUGUCAAGCAGAGGAAACCAGGUUGAUCAAAGCAAUUUUAUAGUCAUUCAAUACCAUAAAAGGUCAUGUAUACAGUAUAAUCUUAAAUUUUAUAUAAUGUCCUUCAAUGUGACAUGGAGCAGAGAUUGGACCAGGGUCCUAAAAACAAUGAAUUUAAUGUAGGAAUAUUUAAAUGUAUCAUAAUACUUAAGAGGAUGUGAAAUGUAAUUUGAUUUAUCUAUUUGUGGUGCCAUUGCAACAGUUAUGACUGACAACACAUUUUUAGCUCAAAACACUUUCACACUUUGUACCAAAUGUGCUAAGACCAGUUCUUUAACACCCAAAUUUAGUAACAAAAAGAUGCAGUAUUUGAAAUUAAAAAGAAGGAUUUGAUUCUAUAGAAAGAAUCAAAGUGGGAAUUAUAAUGGCAAAGUCAAAUUAAAUUUAAACAAAAAAAUUUUCAGGAGAUUCAAUAUAAAUUUGUAGUACGUAAUUAUGAUACAUCACAUGACAAUUUAAUAAACUGUGAUACAUAAAGUAGACAAUGGGUUUGUUGAGAAACAGUUUGUGAUGCAAUAGGUAAUAGUUUUCAUUACCAUAAUUGUAUUUUAUUUAUGUUUAAUAUGUGCAUGUGUAUACUGAUCAAUUUGUUGUGAAAUUGUUUAACAUUUCUGUACAAAAACCAAACACCUAAGAUUUUAUUUUGUUACACUAUUUAUAUCUACAUAUUAUAUAUAUUUUUCCAGAUUUUUAAAAAAGCUAUAGCAUAUAACGGGUCAAUAUUUUGUCCUACACUAUCUGAUUUUUAACCUGUAUCUUGUAAUAUUUUCUUAUUGUCUGUUGAAGUAAGGGUCUGUUAAAAUGUAACUUGUGUUAUCAUAGAUUAAUUCAGGCUUUAACUUCACAUAUUAUAAAUCAUAUUUAUAUUUGUAUUUUUUUAUGCCCCCCGCAGUAGCGGUGGGGGCAUUAAUUUUUACCCUUGUCCGUCUGUACGUACGUCUGUAAGUCCCAUAAUUGGUUUCCGUUCUCUAACUUAAGUUUGCCUCAACCAAAUGUUAUGAAACUUAUACACAAUGCUUAUUACCACAAAACACAGAUCAAGUUUGAAUAUUGGUGGCGUCACUUUAAUCGUUCUAGAGUUAUGCCCCUUUAUAAAUGGAAAAAUUGCAAAAUUUUUAGUUUCCGUUCUCUAACUUAAGUUUGCCUCAACCAAAUAUUAUGAACUUAUACACAAUGCUUAUUACUACAAAACACAGAUCAAGUUCGAAUUUUAGUGGAGUCACUUUAACUGUUCUAGAGUUAUGCCCCUUUAUAAAUGGAAAAAUUGCAAAAUUUUUAGUUUCCGUUCUCUUACUUAUGUUUGCCUCAACAAAAUGUUAUGAAAAUUAUACACAAUGCUUAUUACCACAAAACACAGAUCAAGUAGAAAUUUUGGUGGUGUCUCUUUAACCAUUCUAGAGUUAUGCUCCUUUAUAAAUGGAAAAAUUGCAAAAUUUUUAUUUUCUUCUAAAUAUCAAGUUAUUUUUAAAAUUGGAGUUAUCUUCCUUUGUCCAUGAUUAUAGUUGAAUCAACUACUAUCAAUGAGUUAUACAAUGCAAUGUUUAAUUUUGACUUCUACUGAUAAAACACAGAUCAAGUUGAAUUUGGGUAGUGUCACUUUAAACAUUAUUGAAUUAUGCCCCUUUAUAAAUCGAAAGAUUGCAAAAUUUUUAGUUUCCAUUCUGUAACUUAUGAAACCUAUACACAAUAUUCAUUACAACAAAACUAAGAUCAGGUACAAAUUUUUUGAUUCCGUUUUCUAACUUGAGUUUGCCUCAACCAAAUGUUAUGAAACUUAUACACAAUGCUUAUUACUACAUAAUACAGAUUAAGUACGAAAUUUGGUGGCGACACUUUUACCAUUCUUGAGUUAUGUCCCGUUAUAAACAUAAAAAUUGCUGAAUUUUUCGUUUCCGUUCUCUCUAACUUUUGUUUGUCUCAACCAAAUGUUAUAAAACUUAUACACAACCGUUCUAGAGUUAUGUGAGUUUACAAAUAGAUAAAUUGCUGAACUUUUAGCUUCUGUUCUCUACUUAAGUUAGCCUCAACCAAAUGUUAUGAGACUUACACACAAUGCUUAUUACCUCAAAAUUUUUGGGUAGGGUCACUUUUACCGUUCUUCAGUUAUGUCCCUUUAUAACUAUAUGAUAUGCAAGCGGGGGCAUCAUCUGUGUCCACAUGUGGACACUAUCCACAUUUAUUGUCUUUGAAAUUACAAGAAGGUUUGUUUUUCCCCCAAUUUUAAACUCCAAUGAAAGCUCUUUACAUCAUUUUAUUUUACAUGUUUUUAUCCAUUUACUCCAGUUUAUGGAAUAAAUGUGUUUAUUAAGCUGAAUUAUUUUAAUUAUGAUAUAAAUUAUAUUUAUAAUCUACUUCAAGUUUACUCUACAAAUUUCACAUCAUAACCUUAUUUUUUGACCCAGUUAUGUCUUGAUAUUUAUACACUACUAAAAGAUCUGAAUUAACAACCACCUUGAUUUUAUUAGAAAUAUAUGAUUUACUGUAAAGCGAUAGAAAAAUUUUGAAAAUAUCUCUCACAUAAAUUUGAUCUCUAACAAAUAUCAGAAUAAGAAUUGAGAAAAACAUGAAAAUGAUACCUCGGGAACAUGUUUGUUAAUUAAAAAUAAACAGAAAAUGACCUUCAUACUUAAACCUUUAUAGCAUUGUUGUUAUUUUAAUUGAACUUGUUAUGACCAGUCAGCAUUGUUUUAAAAUACUGAUUAUGUAUACCGGUAAUUCUCUUUAUUAUUAUUAUGAUGUAAAUAUUUAUGGAAGUGCUACCCUGAUUUUAUUUAUUAAAAAUACCUGUGAUUAUUUAGAAUAUUGGAGCAAAUUUUUAUGCAAGUAUUUUUGAUCAGAUUUAUCAUCUAACGAACAAAGACAAUUAGCAAUUAAAAAGUGUGAAAUAA